CUGACUGACGUUGUAGUCUUUUGAAACGGUUUGCCAUUUGUCAACGUUGUGAAGCGAAGAACGUGAUGUAGAAAGGUAUAGGAGGUUAGAAUUGGUUAAAAUAGUGCGUUUUGUUUCUCUGCAGGCAAACAGUUAAAUUUUGAUUAAAAAUGGUCGUUCGUCAAUAUAACGAAGAGCUUAAGUAUUUAGAAAAAAUAAACCCUUACUGCUGGAAGAUUAAGAAAGGGUUUCAGCCAAAUAUGAAUGUGGAAGGCGUGUUCUAUGUAAACAACCAUCUUGAGAAAUUAAUGCUGGAAGAACUGAGAAAUUCUUGUCGCCCAGGCAUGGUAGGAGGGUUCCUUCCAGGUGUGAAGCAGAUAGCAAAUGUUGCUGCAUUACCAGGCAUUGUGGGUCGUUCCGUAGGACUUCCUGAUAUACAUUCAGGCUAUGGGUUUGCCAUUGGAAACAUGGCAGCUUUUGAUAUGGGUGAUCCUAAAUCAGUGGUUUCACCAGGGGGAGUAGGAUUUGAUAUCAACUGUGGGGUGCGGCUGCUGAGGACAAAUCUUCAUGAGAACGACGUUCUUCCUGUCAAAGAGCAACUGGCACAGAGCAUGUUUGACCACAUCCCAGUUGGAGUGGGAUCUAAAGGAAUCAUCCCCAUGAAUGCCAGGGAUCUUGAGGAAGCUCUUGAAAUGGGCAUGGAUUGGUCCCUACGAGAAGGAUAUGUCUGGGCAGAAGAUAAGGAGCACUGUGAGGAGUAUGGACGCAUGCUGAAUGCAGACCCUUCCAAAGUGAGCAUGCGAGCUAAGAAGCGAGGACUCCCACAGCUAGGAACAUUGGGAGCAGGAAACCAUUAUGCUGAAAUACAAGUUGUGGAUGAAAUUUUUGAUAAAUGGGCAGCUAGCAAGAUGGGUAUUGAAAUGAAAGGCCAGAUUUGUGUCAUGAUUCAUUCAGGCAGCCGAGGAUUUGGACAUCAAGUCGCUACAGAUGCCUUAGUCCAGAUGGAAAAAGCCAUGAAGCGUGAUAACAUAGAGACAAAUGACAGGCAGCUAGCUUGUGCUCACAUUGGAUCCCCUGAGGGCCAAGAUUAUCUAAAAUCUAUGGCAGCUGCUGCAAACUUUGCAUGGGUUAAUCGAAGCUCGAUGACUUUCCUCAGCAGACAGGCAUUUGCAAAACAGUUCCAUUUAACACCAGAUGACUUGGAUAUGCAUGUUAUAUAUGAUGUAUCACACAAUAUUGCCAAAAUUGAGGAACAUAUUGUUGAUGGAAAGCAGAAGACCCUCUUGGUCCACAGAAAGGGUUCUACUCGUGCUUUCCCACCUCAUCAUCCUUUGAUACCUGUGGACUACCAGCUAACAGGACAACCUGUGUUGAUUGGUGGAACCAUGGGCACUUGCAGCUAUGUUCUUACAGGCACAGAACAAGGAAUGCAGGAAACGUUUGGUUCAACUUGCCAUGGCGCUGGACGGGCACUUUCAAGAGCAAAGUCACGACGAAAUAUUGAUUAUAAGGAUGUACUACACAGACUUGAGGAAAUGGGAAUUUCCAUUCGUGUGGCAUCACCCAAAUUGGUCAUGGAGGAAGCUCCAGAAUCAUACAAAAAUGUUACUGAUGUUGUUGACACUUGUCAUGCUGCUGGAAUCAGCAAGAAAUGUAUCAAACUGAGGCCUAUUGCAGUCAUUAAAGGUUGACUUUGAUGUCUUGUUGUUGUUGUGUUGAUUCACUUACAGAUAUUUUGUAAUGUCCUGUAUAUGUAAAUAUAUAACAUUCUGCAUUCUUUAAGAAUUUUUGAUAUUUAA